AUGCAGUUCCAGCGUGGUUUAGUGCAUUUUCUGAUUCCUUUCGUCCUUCUCUUCGGCGCUCUGACCUACUUUUCUGGCUUCCUUCUUCUGUGGUCUUUGGUAGCCCACGGGUCUCGUUCCCUGGCUCUCGGGGCUCAGGAACCGUUCAGCCACGCGCGUUGGUCGGCCACAGUCAUUCACCUUCCCCUCGAUGGCAUCUGGGCUGAUGAUCGCACGUAUUCUGUUGUUAAACAGAAUUAUGAGCUAUACGAAUGCAAAUACCAUGAACCGGCUUUGGGACUCAUUUGCGUCUUGAUACGAAGCAUGGCGGCGCGGAUGGAGAAUUUAUACAAUUUUUCUUUGCUCCAGAACCUUUUCACCGUCCUCGGUAAUUACGUGGGCGCCAUCUUAGCGACCCUUGCGAUCUAUCUCGGCCUUCCAUCCUCACUCGGAAGAGAAAAUCGAACCAAGCCUAAUACAAAGAUACAGAAGCAGGAGUCGAGAGGCAGGGCUAAAGCAAAUGGUGCAGCCAAGAGCCAGGGAAAGGGAAAGGGAAAGGGGAGAUCUGUCGGCACCCGGAAGACACCCACAGAUGGUCCCGAGGACGGCGAGGAUAGCGGAGAUGACAGCGAUGACAGCGGCAAGGAGGAGGGUCCUCGAGGUCGUCGACCCACAGGCCUUCCAAUGGGAUGUCCAUUUUACAAGCUCGAUCCGAUAACACACUAUCGCUGUGUCGCAAAGUACCGAAUCAUUGGCUUCAACCGUCUGAAGCAACACCUAGAGCGAUGUCAUUCUCUCGGGGAGUUUUAUUGUCCCUUGUGCUAUAAGAAGUUCAAGAAGAAUCCGGCAGCAGCACGCGACGACCACGUUCGAUUGGGGAAUUGCCAGGUCCGUGCUUAUACAGAUGACUUCAUGGGCGAUGAGAUUCUGCAGCUGCAAGGUGAUGUCCCUUGGGGGUCCAACGACGAAGAGAAGUAUUUCUGGGUGUGGGACAACUUUUUCAAGGAGCAUCCACGGCCAAAGUCAGCGUACGUUUUCGAAGGUAUCUGGGAGCCUCUCAGCAUUCUUGCAGGAACUGCCGAACGCAAUAUAAACACCGAGGACUUUUCGAGUUGGGCUCGCGAAUUCCUUCUUGCAACCUGGGAAGACGUCCUCCCUCGGUUGCUCACUCUGCGCAAUGAGCGCACUCAAAUCUCAAGGCGAAUCCCACUACACUCAGUGAACGAACACGGCAGGGACCCAUCCAUUAGGGUCAUGGAUGACACACACUUGACGGUUCUGCAACCAAACCCAUCAAACUCGAAUGGGACUACAUACAUUACUCCCUUCUUGCCGAACGUUCCGACGACAGGGUUGGAUGUCGAUAUGCUCAACGGCGAUAUUACGUCUGGUCUGUGUAACCCUGGCCAUCCAGAAAGCUCUGUUCCAGGAAAUGCAACCAGUCUGAGCACAGAGGGUAUCGCAGACAACAUAGCUCCCUAUGAGAUUUCGACAUCUGGCAUACCCCAUCCGAUGGAUAUGGAAGACUUCGUCGACUUGGAUGGUGAGACGGAAGAGAAAGGAUCUCAGGAGCAGAGGCAAGCGCGUCGUUGA